GACCAAAUAUCAAUAGUAAAUAAUAAAUGUUUUUAUUCUACUCAAACUCAAUAUAAAUAAUUUUGCACAGCGAUCGUCACUAAAUCAACAUGCAUAAAAAAUUAACAAAUAUAUAUUUGUAACCUUUCGCGCAACUAAAAUGUUGAAUAUUAAGGUUAAACAUUCUAAAGUUUACUUUCUGAUAAAAAGGAUAAAAUUUGAAAUGUUUGAGAUUAAAACUUUGUGUAAACAAUUGACGAAAUUAAAGUGAAUGGUUAUUUAUUUAUUUAUUUAUUUAAAAAAAUAAUUUUAUUUAAAAUGAUUGUUAUAUCAUUGAAGAGAUUGUUGCGAAAAUGUCCAAUAAACUUGACAAGAAAUUUGCCAUGGAAGCAAUGGGCUAUUUUUUUGGCUCACGUAUUUUUAUACUUGAUUGUUUAUUGGCUUUAUGGAGGAAUUUUUACAUUGUUUUUUAUAUUCUGCGUUGAAGCUACAGAACUUUUAUACAAAUUAGAAGACGUGUUUGUUUAUCAUCCAGUAAUACCCACACAUUCACGUAUCUAUGUACCAUCACCGUCGAUGUUUAGUCUGCCAUAUCAGACAAUUUAUAUACAUUCUAAAGAUGGUACAAUAUUACAUUCAUUUUUUAUAUCACAACCUGGCGAAGAAGCUAAACAAUCACCAACAAUUCUUUAUCUUCAUGGGAAUGCUGGUAACAUUGGUCAUAGGCUCAUCAAUGUAUCAGGAUUAUAUCAUAAAGUUAAGUGUAAUAUAUUAGUAUUAGAAUAUCGUGGCUAUGGUUUUUCACAAGGCACACCUACGGAAUCUGGUCUUUACAUGGAUGCUCAAGCUGGUCUAGAUUAUUUAUUAAGCCGUAAUGAUAUUAAUACCAAUGAAAUUAUUGUGUUUGGUAGAUCACUGGGAGGAGCAGUAGCUAUCGACUUGGCUGCUAAUUAUAAUAAACAAAGAAUUUGGUGCCUUAUAUUAGAGAAUACAUUUACAAGUAUUCCGGAGAUGGCCUCUGUUUUAAUCGGAUACAAAAUAAUAAAAUAUUUACCACUUAUUUGUUACAAAAACAAAUUUACGUCAACGGACAAAGUUGCGUCUUUAAAUGUGCCAACAUUAUUUAUAUCCGGUCUUGCGGAUACUCUGGUACCGCCACACAUGAUGACUGAACUUUACAACAAAUGUAAAUGUAAUUACAAAAAAUUAUUGACUAUUGAAGGUGGUACACACAAUGAAACGUGGGUUCAAACAGAUUAUUAUAAACAUUUAGUUGAAUUUAUAAGCCAACUCAGAGAAAAACCGCGUACGUUUGACGACAAUAGCUGUCAUUAUUUCAUGGAUAAUAUUUAAAUAAUUUAUUUACUAAAUAUUGCGUCCAAAUAUCAAUAAAUAAAUAAUCAAAUUGACGUACUAAUUUUAAAAUAAACAUUUACACGACAGUAAAUGUUCUGUGAUUUUAAAUAAUUUUAAUGAUAUAUAAA